AACUAUGGUGAACGAUGUGAUAACGUGACUAGACGAAAGAUUCGAUUUCUAGAAGAAAGAAUGUCAUCCGUCACCAGAGAUGACUAUAUUUACGACGAUUACGAUUAUGCCAUGCUUCCUUCAUUCAACAACUACACCACCAUUUCACCGGCGCACUUUCAUUGGAAUUCGUUGAUUCGCCUCGUCUUGACAAUCCUGUUACGCAUUGGGUUCGUCCUCGUGCAAGUUGGCAGCGUACCGGUCAACAACGUUAAUCUGAUACUCCUUCAAAAUGUGAUCGACCUGUGUUGCGUUACCGUCAUGUACUUCCUUACGGGCUUCCUCGUUGCCUACAACGGCGACAUGGCUGGUUUAAUCGGCGAGGGUUACUGGAUCGGGGAUCCAACAAUUGACAAGAAUGAAGCAAUCGUCGGUUGGCAAGCGGUGGUAAUCGCGUCGGCAAUUUGCACCAGCGCUAUCGUAGGCAGAAUGCACACAGUGGGAUAUCUGCUGGUAAAUAUUCUCUUAUCCGGUCUGAUACAACCGUUGUUGAUCCACUGGGCCUGGACCGCCGAAGGAUGGAUGGCGAAGAACGAAUUGGGUGGAAGAACGGUCACUUUUAAGGACUACGCUGGCGCGGGAGUAGUUCACGUCGUCGGGGGAUUUUCUGGUCUGAUUGGAUGUGUCAUCCUCGGAAGGAGAAUGCUUAUACUGGGAGAUCUGGAUGAUGCGAGUAUUACUGCCGGUUCCGCAGGGACCGUUUUCGGGGGUCUUCUAUUAAUAUUGGCUGGACUUCAAGGUUUAUGCACGAGUACGUACGACCGUGACAAAUUCCGAAUACAUACGCGGGAUCCAUCGCACGCAUACGUCAACAAUUUGCUAGCCGCAUCCUCGUGCACGUUGCUAAUCGUGGCCCUGCAUUUCAUAUUGACCCGAGAGAGCUUCAAUCAUUGGACCAUGAUAAGAUGCGUUCAAGGCACAAUCGUCGGUGUGGUGACAGUAUCAGCCGCAACGAAUGAUUACUCGCCGCAAAUAGCUAUUGCCUUGGGUUGUCUGGGAGGUAUCGCGUUCUAUUUGAUCUCCAGACAGAUUUUUCGCAGCUCUUUGGAGGAUUACUGCAAUAUUAUAGCUAUACAUCUAGUUUGCGCGAUUCUCGGUAGUAUAUUGGCUCCUCUCUGCAUCGCGCGCACCGACGAGGAUAUCGUGACGAUAUUGUUGAAUUUCUCCUGGCAAUUAAUUUGUCUGGCCGCAUUGUUGACUCUGGUUGGUACGACGAUGUUGCUAGUCUUCGGCAUGCUGGAAUGCUGUGGCAUACUUCGCAAUAAAUCAGAAUGUCUCAACCACACACGAGCUAAUACUGCCAUUGAUAGAGGUCCGCCGAGAUCAUUUCUGCAGAGACUCUUCUUUCCUGAGAGCGGAUGCCUCUAUCUGCAACCGAGUUCGAUCUCCGGUAUGAAACAUCAUCCAAAUGUAGGUUCCAGAUCUUGGAAGUAUCAGACGAAGAUAGACAAACUUGAAGAAGAAAGACCUACCGGGAGUAAAUCAAAUGUUAAAAUUGACGAUAAUGUUAUGAAGGUUCAAGUGCCAGAAACAAGAGUAAAGAAAGCAAGACAAGUUCAUACUUUGUCUGGAUCUGCACCUGUAUCGAUAGAGGAUCGAGGUGGUACUGGCGAAUCGAUUAACAACAAACUUUUGGAAAUCGGAAGAAGACAAUUAUUUCUUGGAAAAGAAAUAAAAUGUAUUCUAGAUCCUAUUGAAGAAAUAGACGAGGAAAUUUCAAAAGAGUUUGAAAUCAAAGAGAGUAACGCUCAAUAUAAAAUUGAGGAUCAUAAUGUUGGUGAUAAAAGUUCUAUCUUGACGGAAAAUAUAAAUAUGAGAACUGCAAAAUCGAGAGAUUUGAAUGAAUCGAAUUAUCAACUUCGGAGAACUGUAAAACUAACGAACUUAUAUCACGAAUUUGUCAAAGAAGAUGUGAAAGUCGUAUUAGGACCGAAACACGUGGAUUCUUCAUCCAGUGACUCUUGCGAUGAGGAUACUAUCUUUGAAAAAACACCAAAUUUGAACACAUGCACAAAGGAUAUUGCAACAAUAAUUCAUUAA